AUGCCCGGAUUCAGUGGUGUGGUGGUUGGGGGAGGAGUGGGGGGUCCUGCUUCUGCUCCUCCCCAUCCAUUUCGUCCCAGCCGAUACGUCCCAGUGUCCGCAGCCACAACCUUCCUUGUUGGGGCCACGACCCUCUUUUUCUGCUUCACGUCCCCGUGGUUGUCAGAGUCGAUUUCCUCUGUCAUUCCUCUCUACAUCGCUGUAAUCUUCCUCUUCACUCUCGCCAACUUCUGCAUGGCCACAUUCAUGGACCCUGGAAUCUUCCCCAGAGCUGAGGAAGACGAGGAUAAAGAGGACGACUUUCGCGCUCCCCUGUAUAAGACUGUGGAGAUCCGGGGCAUCCAGGUGCGGAUGAAGUGGUGCUCGACCUGCCGCUUCUACCGCCCGCCGCGCUGCUCGCACUGCUCAGUCUGCAACAACUGUGUGGAGGAUUUUGACCACCACUGUCCUUGGGUGAACAAUUGUAUUGGUCGGAGAAAUUAUCGCUAUUUCUUCCUCUUCUUAAUGUCUCUAACCACCCACAUCGUGAACGUGUUCGGCUUUGGUUUGGUUUAUGUUCUGCACCACCGUCACCAGCUGAACACGCCACAUGCUGCUGUUACUAUGGCUGUGAUGUGUGUGGCUGGUUUGUUUUUUGUUCCAGUCGCUGGCCUGACUGGGUUCCACAUAGUUCUGGUGGCCCGCGGUAGAACCACAAAUGAGCAGGUAACUGGGAAGUUCCGGGGAGGUGUUAACCCUUUCACCAAGGGCUGCUUUAAGAAUAUUUCACGUGUGCUCUGCAGCCCUCAGGCCCCCAGAUAUGUGGGCCGGUGGCAGAGCAAUCGCACAGUGGAAGUACAGCCACCAUUUCUUAGACUGUCUCUCACCGAGGCCCAAUUAGAAGCCAAAAUCCUGGACAACGGCAUCCAGAACGACCGGCACAGCACCAGGUCCAAGAGCAGUCUAGAUCAUAUGGAGAGCCAGUCAGCUGAUGCAGAGCCUCCACCUCCUCCCAAGCCAGAUCUUCGUUAUCCCGGCCUACCCCGUGCCGAGACAGAAGAGAGCAGCUUGUUGACCGAGGCUCCACCUACUCCGUCAAUGUACAAGUACCGGCCAGCCUACAGCAGCCCAGGAAGGAACCACGCUGCCCCCGCUCACCCAAACAAGAUGACCCGUGGGGAGAGUCUUGACUCUCCGUCUCCCUCCAUCCUCCAGUCCAGCCGCCAGCCCAGCUACCGCUCGGAGCCGAGCAGCCUGGACGGGGCCACGGUGGUGGGAGGAGGUGUAGGGGUGCGCAGAGGGGGAGGGGAGAGGGGUGAAGGCCCCGGAGGCCCUGGUGGGACUGCUGGUGUGGUGUCUGGGGGCGUGUCGGGUUACUCCCUGACUGGGCGCUCCUACACCUCCUACCCAUCCUCGCUGAUUCUGUCCACUGGCGGCUCCCGCUCGUCCAGCCUGCGUUCAGCCCAGACUGUACACAACCCGCUGGCCACGCUCCAGUCAGAAGGCACCACAGACACCAGCUACAAAAGCCUAGCCAAUCAGACGCCUCGGAAUGGCAGCCUGUCCUACGACAGUCUGCUGACGCCAUCCGAGAGCCCAGAGUUCGAGUCGGCUGCCCACGAGCUGUCGCCGCUGAAGCCUCGCGGUCUGUUUCAAUCGUUGACGGCGACGGGACACCCGGAGGGCGUGUCACCCAGCAGCCCGCUGCAGGGCUACACGUCGCCCUUCCUCUCGGCUCAGAUCGCUCAGCAGAGGGAGGGGCAGCUGCUCCAGGGCUCCACCACUUUCUCCUCCCCCCACAGGGCCUACCUGCGUGCCGUCGGCCCAACCUCCCCCUCUUCCCUGGUGCCUCCUGAGACCCAUCACCUGCUCCAUCAUAACCAGGACCUCACCCCCCGAAACACUCGUAACUCGUCCUCUUCCUCCCCUGGGGUUCGCUCACUCGAGCCCCCAGUCUCACCACCGCCUCGCGGCCUCUCCCUCUCCAAGUCCCCGUCCUACACGGGGGAGGCCGGGCUUCAGCAUAAGCUUCGGCCCGCAGGAGGCGGCGGCGCUGUGCUGGGAGGGGGAGGAGGGCAACAGGCUGCACAAUCCACCUCUCGUCCAGUCCUGGCCAAUCACAGCACGCCUAAACCAGGGGGCGGGGUGAAGAAGGUCACCGGCGUCGGAGGGACCACAUAUGAGAUAUCGGUCUGAGUGACAAACAUCACACAGGGUCCAUCACAGAGGAGAGGACAUCAGAGGACAGCUUGCACUUUCCCCUCUUUUCUAAGCUGGAUAUUAUUCAUGAGUGAAGGCCUCUGAUGUUCUGUUGGACUCGAGGGGUCGUGCCCGUCUAACGCUCACUCCGUCUUUUGAAAUGAAGCUGGCCGAUCCUCUGGACAAAGAAACUGGAGGAAAGGAUUCAUUUUCCCCAGGGUCAACUCUACACUCAACCACUCUGUGAGCCAUAAACUGAAAUCGCCACGGCCGGGUACAGAUCUUUAAACCACGAGCGACGGUUCCACGAUUCAGCACUUGACUUUGGUACAUUAAGACUCAGAGAAUUAAUGAGGACGGUCUUUAUCCACAAGAGAAGAAAACUGCUGACCAAUCAAAACAUCUGAACGGACCACAUGCAGGACCUUCAAACACCGCAUCAUUUACGUUUUAUAUUUUUUAAGAUAUCAUUUUAUAUAAAUGUAAAAAAAACAAGUACAGAUUAUUGAGUCGAG